UGAGAACUGUAGACUUGACCGCAUUUAUUUCAUUCCUCCACUGACUGCAGCCGUAUACUCUCGUCUACUUUCGUACAGUACGUUCUCUGCGACGAAUAUGGUCCGGUCUGGGAACGUCUUCACAACGUAGCCUAACUGUUAGCGGGGUAGCGUCUACAGUAGCUCAGAUGGGCAUCACUACGAGUUACGCUAGUCUCUGGACAACGUUUCUGCGAUUGUUGCAGAUAUUCUGUUUUGGUCAAAGUUGAUAAUUGACCCGACGUCGGAUGAAAUCAGAACGACCUAGAGUGGAGGACUGUGGACGCAAAGGCUAGUCUGGUUGCUGAAGGUCAUUUUAUAAUCAGAUCAAUAUCUCCUGGGAUGGCUCAGACACGAUGGGCCAUUAGGCUCCAAUGAGUCCUGCAGCAGAUCUCCUGCACCCUGGUUUGAAAAUAUUUGACCAUCACAGAAUCUCUUGGAGAGGAGCAGUGCAGAUGGAUAUUGGAUCUGAAUGAACUUUGCAUGCAGCUGCUUUAUAUCCCAACAAACUGUACAUCAAUAGAAUUGCUGCACAUGGUCAGUCGAGCCACUCCGGUGUUUUGCAGUUUCAGCAGGAAGCAUUCCUUCCUCCUCCUCCUCUCUCCUCCAGGAGCAUGCCCUCUGAGCCUGCUCCCAGCUCUCAGGACAUGCUGACAGGACAAAGGCUAUGUCAAUCCAAAUCCCACCAGGAUUUUGUCCUCUCUGCCCUUAAUCAGCAACGCAAAGACGGACUGCUCUGCGAUGUCACCCUGGUCGCAGGGGAACAGAAGUUCCAUGCUCAUAAGGCAGUCUUGGCGGCCUGCAGUGAUUAUUUCCGGGCCAUGUUCAGCCUUUGCAUGGUGGAGAGUGAGGCAGAUGAGGUAAAUCUCCAGGGUGUGACUAGUGUGGGACUGAAGCACGUACUGGACUUCGCCUACACAGGCCAGAUCCUGCUGGAGCCAGGAAUAAUUCAAGACGUCCUGUCUGCUGGAAGCCACCUUCAGCUGCUGGACCUGCUCAGCCUCUGUUCCCACUAUCUCAUUCAAGAGCUGAACAGCUUGAACUACUUGGACCUCUACAGACUGGCAGACCUUUUCCAUUUGCCGGCCCUGGAGGAGGCAGUGGUGGGCUUUCUAGUGGACAACCUCUCUGAGCUGCAGCAGAGCAGACAAGAGGAAGUGCUGCUUCUACCUUAUCGCCUCCUCAGGGAAGUGCUAAAAAGCGACCGCCUCACCUCCCUCAGUGAGGAGAAGAUAUGGCAGUUGCUGGUGCGUUGGCUGGAGCAUGACUGCAGAUACCAGUACAUGGAGGAACUGCUGCAACACGUGCGCUACGGCCUUAUGGAGGUAUCCGCCCUGCACUGUGUGGCCAAUAGUCACACCUUCCUCAACUCCAGCACCACUGUUGCCGCCCUGGUGGAGGAAGCAUUGGAUUACCACCGGUCCUUAUUUGCGCAGCCUUUACGACAAACAGCCCGCACUACACCCCGUUUUCAAUCGCUAACGCUGUAUAUCGUUGGUGGGCGUAAACGGGAAGUCAGCCGUGUACGAGAGCUGCGUUUCUUCAACCCUGCUGCACAGGAGCACAUGCGUGUGGCCGGAGGUUCAAACUGGAGUGAGCUGGCGCCGAUGCCUGCUGGGCGAAGUCACCACUGUGUGGCCGUCAUGGGGAACUUUAUGUUUGUGGCUGGUGGAGAGGUGGAACACGCCACUGGAAGGAUGUGUGCAGUGAGGACGGCGUGUCGGUACGAUCCGAGGGUAAACCGCUGGACUGAUAUUGCACCAAUGAAGGCGUGCAGGGAACACUUCGUGCUGGGAGCUUUGGGACAGUAUCUCUAUGCCGUUGGGGGAAGGAAUGAACUGAGGCAAGUUCUGCCCAGUGUUGAGCGAUAUUGCCCCAAGAAGAACAAAUGGACCUAUGUACAAUCAUUUGACCGCUCGCUAUCCUGCCAUGCAGGUUGUGUGGCAGAUGGGCUGCUCUGGGUUUCAGGUGGCGUCACUAACACAGCUCAGUACCAGAAUCGACUGAUGGUAUAUGACCCAGGACAGAAUCAGUGGUUGGCACACAGUCCCAUGUUGCAGAGGAGGGUCUACCAUGUGAUGGCGGCAGUAAAAAGGCAGCUGUAUGUGCUGGGGGGUAAUGAUCUGGACUACAACAAUGACCGUAUCCUGGUUAGACACAUCGACUCAUAUGACAUAGACAUGGACCAGUGGACACGCUGCACCUUCAGUCUCCUUACAGGCCAAAAUGAGGCAGGAGUAUCUGUGCAUGAUGACAGAAUCUAUGUGGUUGGUGGAUAUUCUAUCUGGACAAAUGAACCUCUUGCCUGCAUUCAGGUGCUAGACGUGAGCACCAAAGGGAAAGAGGAGGUUUUUUAUGGACCAACGCUCCCGUUCGCAUCGAAUGGAGUAGCAACAUGUUUCUUACCGGCCCCAUACUUCACCUGCCCCAACCUGCAAACCCUACAAAUGCCACAUCACCGGAUAGGAGCGCUCUAACCUGCACCAUCCAUCCAUAAAGUAACUCAACCUGGACAUUCAUAUUGGGACAAACACACUAUGAACAAAUGGCAUCAUGUGAAAGCCUAUUCUACCCCCCAUAAACUUAGAAGCUCUAUGAAUUGUGACUGGUGAAUGAAGUCCAACAUUGUUCUUGUAUAGCCAGUAUGAAGUGUUCUUAUGGAUGUAGAGUUCUUUGUGGAAACAUUUUCAAUGAAGGUAAAGAAUGGAGAACAAUUUAUUGCCAGGCUUGUUUUCCUAAUGCAUUUCUGAACUGGAUGUGCAAUGGUGCUAAACCAUGGGCCCAAUUUAAGAAUCUUUUUUCAGGAUGAUUGAGAGCCACUCUAAGGCCAAGCCCCAAAUGGUACACUUGAUGUCGACAUGUGGUCUUGUGGCCUUCGCUUGUGCUUUUAUGUCAAGUGCACAAGACUGUAGGGUGUCCCAUUUGUCAUUUUAUAGUUCAAAGGGGUGCUCACAAGCUUACCUGCGAUACACAUUUCUGACUACUACCCAACAAUCCAUCCAGAAUUACAUCACCAAUGGAGCACCACAAGAACUAAGGGCAAAAUAUGGACCAAAGUGGAUAUUGUGGGCUUUUGGGUAGAUUUGACCAUUUUCACAUAUUCUUAUGGUCCACUUGCUGAACGUUCAGUAUUUACAUUAAGGUGCAAUACUUAUACAUACUUAUUUGGACUCUCUGGACUCUCCAUUCCAACCAUUAUGUUCAGCGACUUGGUCAAAUGGUGCAUUGGACCCUGCUAAAUGUUGAUUCCUUUCCAUUUCAUUUAAUUUCCUAGUCAGUGAUGCAGUGAAAAACUGUACUUUCAAUGGAAAUUCAUAAAGACUACAAUUGUUUACUGAAUGUGUAUGACCUCAGCUUAUGACAAAAAUGCAUAAAUACAUAGCAUCUUCACAAUCUCAGCCUGCAUCAAAACCAGCACCUUGACUGUUCACCAUCGAAUACUGCCCAUACCAUAACAAAAAAAAGGGCACACUUUUUUUUUUUCAACAUAAUGUCUCA